ACACAUAGACACACACAGUUUAUCUCCAUAUUUAUCUCCUCCCUUGUCUCUGUAGCCAGUUGCACCUAUGGGCUGGUAUGAGAUGAGGUGAGCGAUGCCAUAAAUACCUUUGUUUGGGAUCUUUGUUUCCACCCCGGAGGACAAGAGACGGUGCACUUCACUGUUCACCCAUCCAUGCUGGCUGUGUUUGUCAAAGUUAGUCGAACUUUGGACUGACAACCACAAACAGCCAGACAUUUACUAAACAGACACCCGCGGCACUCCACCCUGCCUCCUGAAGUACAACCUCUCCCUGAGUGUGUCAAGGUUACGCACUCUUCCCCACGGCCUCCAUCUUAACCUGUGGAUUUACAUGUGACAGCAAAGGUCAAGGAAUGAAUGUGCUGGGACGUUGUCCAGUUGGAAGGCAGAUAAAAUGGCCUCUGGGUCAAAGUCAGUAUUGUUUGUUAUAAUUGCAACAACCAACACGCCACCGAACAAAGGCCAAUGGCCUUGGUUUCUAUACUGGCAACUUCUGUUUCAAAUGUGAGAAUGAAUGUACAAACACAGUUCUUUAUGCUCGCUUCAACAGCUUUUCGUGAUAUUAUUUAGCUUCAAAGGUGCAGGAUUUCUUUCAAAUCAACCAACAAGUGAGAAAAAGGGGAAAGAUGAUUAUAAGCUGGCGGCGACCUCCGAGGACAAUGGAAAUAAAAAGAGCAAAAAGGAGGUGAAGAAAGCAAAGGAGAAGAAGGACAUGGACGAUCUGAAAAAGGAAGUUGACCUGGAUGACCACAAGUUGACCUUGGAUGAACUUCAUAAGAAAUACGGCACAGACUUAGCCAGGGGUCUAUCCUCAGCUCGGGCUAAGGAGAUCCUUCUUCGUGAUGGCCCCAACACCCUGACCCCUCCUCCCACUACCCCUGAGUGGGUGAAGUUCUGCAGGCAGCUCUUUGGUGGGUUCUCUAUGCUCCUAUGGAUUGGUGCUAUGCUCUGCUUCCUGGCCUACGGAAUCCAGGCCGCCUCCGAGGAUGAGCCGGCCAAUGAUAAUUUGUACCUGGGUGUGGUGCUCUCUGUUGUCGUCAUUGUCACUGGCUGUUUCUCCUACUACCAAGAGGCCAAGAGCUCAAAGAUCAUGGACUCCUUCAAGAACCUGGUCCCACAGCAAGCCCUGGUUGUCCGUGACGGUGAGAAGAAGAACAUCAACGCUGAAGAAGUGGUGGUUGGAGAUCUGGUGGAGGUGAAAGGAGGAGAUAGGAUCCCAGCUGAUUUGCGUAUUGUCUCUGCCAGCGGCUGCAAGGUGGACAACUCCUCCCUCACUGGUGAAUCUGAGCCCCAGACACGUACUCCGGAUUUCUCCAAUGACAACCCCCUGGAGACAAGGAACAUUGCCUUCUUCUCUACCAACUGUGUUGAAGGAACUGCCAGAGGUAUCGUCAUCAACACUGGUGACCACACUGUCAUGGGUCGUAUCGCCACCUUGGCCACGAGUCUGGAGGGUGGGAAGACGCCUAUAGCCAAAGAGAUUGAGCACUUUAUCCACAUCAUCACCGGUGUGGCCGUCUUCCUGGGCGUGUCUUUCUUCGUCCUCUCCCUCAUUCUGGGAUAUGGUUGGCUGGAAGCUGUCAUCUUCCUCAUCGGAAUCAUCGUUGCUAAUGUGCCAGAGGGUCUCCUGGCUACUGUAACUGUGUGCUUAACUCUGACUGCCAAACGUAUGGCCAAGAAGAACUGCCUGGUGAAGAAUCUUGAAGCUGUUGAGACCCUUGGCUCCACCUCCACCAUUUGCUCUGACAAGACCGGAACCCUGACUCAGAACAGAAUGACCGUGGCUCACAUGUGGUUCGACAACCAGAUCCAUGAGGCUGACACCACAGAGAAUCAGAGUGGUACCUGCUUCGACAAAAGCUCUGCCACCUGGGCUUCCCUGGCUAGAGUCGCUGGCCUGUGCAACCGCGCCGUCUUCCUGGCAGAACAGAACAACGUACCUAUCCUCAAGAGAGAUGUGGCUGGUGAUGCUUCAGAGUCUGCCCUGCUGAAGUGUAUCGAGCUGUGCUGCGGGUCUGUCAAAGACAUGAGAGAAAAGUACAGCAAGAUCGCUGAGAUUCCCUUCAACUCCACCAACAAAUAUCAGCUCUCCAUUCAUAAGAACAUUGUGGCCGGAGAGUCCAAUCACCUACUGGUGAUGAAGGGAGCCCCUGAGAGGAUUCUGGACCGCUGCUCCACCAUUUUGAUCCAGGGCAAAGAACAGCCUCUGGAUGACGUGUUGAAGGAAGCCUUCCAGAACGCUUACGAAGAGCUGGGAGGGCUGGGAGAGAGAGUGCUGGGUUUCUGUCAUUUCCAGCUUCCUGAUGACCAGUUCGCUGAGGGCUUCCAGUUCGAUUGUGAAGAGGUGAACUUCCCAACUGAGAAUCUGUGCUUCGUUGGCCUAAUGUCCAUGAUUGACCCUCCCCGUGCUGCUGUGCCUGACGCUGUGGGCAAGUGCAGGAGUGCUGGAAUCAAGGUUAUCAUGGUCACUGGUGAUCAUCCCAUCACUGCUAAGGCCAUUGCCAAGGGUGUGGGCAUCAUUUCUGAAGGAAACGAGACUGUUGAGGACAUCGCUGCUCGUCUGAAAAUCCCAGUUUCUGAGGUCAAUCCAAGAGAUGCCAAGGCCUGUGUUGUCCACGGUGGAGAGCUGAAGGACCUGUCAGCCGAACAGUUGGAUGACAUUUUGGCCCAUCACACUGAGAUUGUGUUUGCCAGAACAUCUCCUCAGCAGAAGCUGAUCAUUGUGGAGGGUUGCCAGCGUCAGGGUGCUAUUGUAGCUGUGACAGGUGAUGGUGUGAAUGAUUCUCCUGCUCUGAAGAAGGCUGACAUAGGUGUUGCAAUGGGUAUCUCUGGAUCUGAUGUCUCCAAGCAGGCUGCAGACAUGAUCCUCCUGGAUGACAACUUUGCCUCCAUCGUGACUGGUGUUGAAGAGGGCCGUCUGAUCUUUGACAACUUGAAGAAGUCCAUCGCCUACACCCUGACCAGUAAUAUUCCAGAAAUCUCACCCUUCCUCCUCUUCAUCAUCGCCAACAUUCCACUGCCCCUAGGAACCGUCACCAUCCUCUGUAUUGACCUGGGAACUGAUAUGGUCCCAGCUAUCUCCCUGGCCUAUGAAGAAGCUGAGAACGACAUCAUGAAGCGACAGCCCAGAAACCCCAAAACUGACAAACUGGUGAAUGAGAGGCUCAUUAGCAUAGCCUACGGUCAAAUUGGUAUGAUGCAGGCCACAGCCGGUUUCUUCACAUACUUUGUUAUCCUGGCUGAGAACGGGUUCUUGCCAAUGGAUUUGCUGGGUAUGCGUGUGGACUGGGACAACAAGAUAAUGAACGACAUGGAGGACAGCUACGGCCAGCAGUGGACAUAUGAGCGCAGAAAGAUUGUGGAGUUCACCUGCCACACAGCCUUCUUCGCCAGUAUUGUAGUUGUACAGUGGGCUGAUUUGAUCAUCUGUAAGACCAGGAGGAACUCCAUCCUUCAGCAGGGAAUGAAGAACCGUAUUCUCAUCUUCGGACUGUUUGAGGAAACUGCCCUGGCUGUCUUCCUGUCCUACUGUCCUGGAAUGGAUGUCGCCCUCAGAAUGUACCCCCUCAAGCCUUGCUGGUGGUUCUGUGCCUUACCCUACUCUCUGCUCAUCUUCCUCUAUGAUGAGGGUAGGAGAUACAUCCUGCGACGAAACCCAGGAGGUUGGGUGGAACAGGAGACCUACUACUGACAAAAAGAGGCUAUCCCCAGGAUCACUCAACGUCACUCUGCUGCUACAUCUCAACCAACAACAUUACACUACAUUUCAAUAUGCUACAUUACCAUUACAUCCAAUGAACACUGUGAUGGUGCACUCAGCUGCAUUGAGGAGUUCUUAAUUGUGAUAAUGCAAAUUGAAAUAAACAUCACUUCAACACUAA